CAUUUGCGAAUUGCUUAGAUAUUUAAAAUGAGUAUAUGGAAAUUUCUGUAGGUAUAUGUGCAUGAUGUUAGAAUUGUAAAGUUUGUCAAUUUCUAACAAAAACCUGUUUAACGUGGUAAGUAUAGGGUUGAAAAUUGGUAUAUAAGUGAAUAGACACUGUCCAAAAAAUUCAUUUCACUUGUAGACGCCGACGAGAGUAGUAGUAGUAGGGUAACUCACCCCCCAAAAAAUUGAAAACACUGUUGUAAAAGGUUAAGUAACUAUAUUAAUUUAGUUGCUCAAAACCAAAAAAAACAUUAAUUCGUUAGUUAUUCGUUACCGGAAUGGAUUGAAAAUUUUUCGGUUUCUGGAAUUGACAUAUUGCUUUCCCCGUUGAAAGUCGCCAUUGAUUGUUACCUUCGAAAAUCCCCGUGGAAUCAGGGAUGGACAUUUCAACCGAUAAUUUAACCAGGAUCAGUCGUUCGAGUUGGGAGGAUGUCAGGGGUGCAAAUACAGGGAGUGGUGGUGGUUCAGUUGGGGCUAAUAGUUUUCUGACAAGCCCCUCUGUGAUAAAUUUGUCGCUUGUUAGAUCAAGUAAUAAUGUCAGCGAAGACCGCUCGUUGGGAGCAUCGUCGGUGAGUGAUAUUCUUCCGGAUAAUGCGGUGGAUAAGAUUGAUGGCUUAAUGGUUGUUGGCGAAGAUUGGAGCAUAAUUGAAAUAGACGGACUAGUACAAGUGAAACAGUUUCCUAAAGUGCAUGACCGUAAAAUUUCGUACUUCAAAGGACUGGAGGAGAUAUUGAAUCCGUGUGAUAGAAUAUAUGAAAUGGAUUUUAUAAUGAUUGACAACUGUGAAAUGAGCAUGUUAUGGCCAUCUAGGUCGAAUCGCACGGUAGUAGGCACAGAAAUAAGAUACAACUUGAUGGUUUCUGCCGUACAUGAUAUUAUAAGAAAGACUGUGGUUUUAACUUCAUCAAAGUCAAGCGUUGAUAUGAAAAUGAGAACCGACAAGCACAUUGUAAUAUAUGAAAAAGAUUGGAUGGAUCUUGCCCCAUUAGUAGCAGAUCGUUUAAACAACCUCACGUCCUUGGAGCAAGAAUUACUUCCUGAUUGUCGAAAAACAUUCUUCCUGGUAAAGAAAGUUGGUCAAGAUAGGGACGUGAUGACGCAUAAUCUCUACCGGUACCCUCUAGUCAAUGUACAACGGGCAGCAAUGAUAGCGGUUCAUGUUGCGACUGAUAUCACUGUUCCAGAGAGUAUAGUUUGGUGGAACGAAUCCGUCGGCAAAACGAUUAAUUUGCGUCCAAAGAAGAGUUUUAAUGUAGGACUACUUUGUGGUUGUAACAACUACAAGUUUGAAAUACCGCCAAAUAUAUACCAUGUCCAUCACAUGCAGUUCUAUACGAGGCUGUUCCACCAAGUUCAUCGUGACAACAACAAGUAA